UAUAUAUGUAUGUAUGUCAGAGUUUCAGAAAAGAAAAUUUCAAAAUUUAAUUGUGAACGGAAUAUAGGAAGGAAAAGGCACAGAAAUCGGAUCAGAAACUCAAAGCCACUGUUGAAUGUGGAGAUGAUGCGCAGCCGCAGCACAAGAGGUAUGCUUUCUUCUCUUCCCUCUACUCAUCUUGCUGUUCCAUUCAUCAACAAUUUCAUAUCUUUGUUUCAUUCGAGACAAACCCAUCUGGGAAAUCGACCCAAUAUUAUUGUGAGUAAUGUCGAGGAUGCCUCCAUGUUGUUCCAUCAAAUGCUUCACUCCCGUCCUCUGCCUUCUUCUGUUGUCCCUUUCACUCAGAUAUUGGGUCAACUUGUCAAAUUGAAACACUAUUCGGCUGUCAUCCCUCUCUUUAAACAAAUGCUUCUGCGUCGAAUUGUUCCUAAUCUCUAUACUCUCUCUAUUGUCAUCAACUGCUACUGCCAUUUGAAUCAAAUGGGCUUUGGCUUAUCUGUCUUUGCACAAUUCUUCAAACUGGGUCUUCAGCCAGACGUCUUCACCUUCACCACUCUAAUCAACGGCUUUGUUCUCCACAAUCAAGUGCCUCAGGCUGCACGAAUUUUCACCAAAAUGGUCGAGGCAGGUCAUUGUCAGCCGGAUGUGUUCGCUUUCAACACACUAAUAAAGGGCUUUUCCAAGAUGGGAAACAACAGUGCGGCCAUGCAAUUACUUAGGAAGAUGGAAGAAAGAGGAUGCGAGCCUAACAUGGUUUCCUAUAGCACCAUCAUCGACGGUCUUUGCAAGGAUACACUAAUUGAUCAAGCAUUCAACCUCUUCUCAGAAAUGAUUACUAGAGGUAUUGCUCCAAACGUCGUUACUUACAACUCCUUGAUUCAAGGAGUUUGCAAUAUAGGCCACUGGAAACAAGCUACGAGGUUGUUGAACGAAAUGGUGAGUAAAGGUAUCUUUCCAGAUGUCCGCACCUUCAAUAUCUUGGUUGAUACAUUCUGUAAGGAAGGGAUGGUCGUGGAAGCCAAAACUGUGGUUCAAAUCAUGAUUCAAAGACAUAUUGAACCUACUGUCGUUACAUACAACUCACUUAUGGACGGUUACUGUUUGCGAGGAGAAAUGGACGAGGCAAGACAAGUUUUUGAUCUUAUCAUUAGCAAGGGCUCCACGGUUAAUGUUCGGAGUUGUAACAUAUUGAUUAACGGAUAUUGCAAGGCUAAAAAGGUUGAUAAGGCUCACAAGAUUUUCAAGGAAAUGCGUCGUAUGGAAAUUGUUCCCGAUACCAUUACUUAUAACACUCUUAUUGAUGGUCUUUUCAAAAUGGGGAGAAUUCAAGAAGCAGAAAAGCUGUUCUCUGAGAUGCUAGGUUGUGGACAGCUUCCAAACCUUCGAACUUACACUGUCAUACUUGAUGGCCUGUGUAACAACCAGCAACUUUCUAUGGCUAUAGAAUUGCUUAAAGAAAUGGAAGCCAACAAAGUAGAACUUAAUAUCGUAGUUUACACUCUUGUUAUUGAAGGUUUGUGCAAAGCUGGAAAAAUUGAAUCCGCAAGAGAUCUCUUCUGUGGUUUGUCGUCAAAAGGAGUUCAGCCUAAUGUCAGAACAUACACUGUAAUGAUUCAUGGACUUUGUCAUCAUGGCUUAAUAAUUGAAGCAGAAAAGUUGCUAAGAGAAAUGGGAGGGAAAGGAUGUUCUCCAAAUGAUUGCACCUAUAACACCAUUAUCCGAGGGUUGUUAAAUAACAAUGAGACGUCAUGGGCUACGAGACUUAUACAAGAAAUGCUUGAGAGGGGUUUCUCUGCAGAUGCAUCAACUAUGGAAUUGAUUGUUGAUUUAUUGUCAAAGGAUAUAGUAGAUCCGGCUUUGUUGCCACUGUUAAAAGAUUCACGAUAAAGUUGAUUUGAACUCUAUUAAGCUCAGAUUCAGAAGUUUGAGCAAGUUUGCUGAAGCUAACUCUUGGAACUCAACCUAUAAGCUUGCUUGAUUGGUAAACUAAAACCUGACAGGCACGGGAAAGGUUCUUAGGAAUUGUGUGGAGACCUUUUAGAGGCAUAUUUAAAUAUCAUUUUGGGUCUUGUAUGAAUCUGGAAAUGUAAUAAAACUUUUUUCUGUAAUCAUAUAUAUCUACUCCCACUUACCUAACAGCAGGAGGUUCAAUCCUAGUCUACAUUGUUGACAGUGAGGCAUUGAGUACAUUCUUAACCACUUACUAGUCUACAUAUGCCAUUCUUCUUGUAUUCAUUGAGUUCCCACUGAAAUAGGAUCCGCAAAAGGAAAAUGAGGUAUUAGACCUUGUUGUUCCCUGAAUCAAAGGAAACAAUCAAUAAAAGAAUAACAAAUUUCAGUUCGCUGUCCCUCCAUGCUGUGUUGAAUGUUUUUAUGACCUUUUGCUUCGGUCAUCAUGUUUACAGAAUUGUAAACAUUUCUUUAUUAUCACUAAAUUUGGCAAUUACUUCAGCCAACCCUUUUGUUCUCCUUUGUCUAUGCUUUUAGCAAAAUGUAAUAAUUCGCUGUGCUGGAACAAUCUCUUUGUUAUUGGUAGUCAUAUUAUGUACGCCUUCAUGUCCCCUCUGUUGUUUCUAAAGCUCCUUUUCUGAUGUACAAGAGUUAUUCUGCACUUCUUAAUAUUUCUUGAGCAAUCCAUGGCCCUUUUUGUAACUCGAGCAAUUCAAAAGAUGAGGGAUGCAGUUCAUGACUUGCAUACAAUGCCCACCUGUUGCAACGUCACAAUUUGUUUUCCUUUUUUUUUUUUUUUUCAAAGAGAGCCUUUAAAAGUGAUUGAAUACAGAAGUCUUGCGGGUGUUUUCAAGUAUUUGAACAAUCAUGGCUACUAGUUGGCAGUAAUUGUUUUUGUAUACAUUGUGCUUUGAAUCAAUUUUCUCUUCACCCAAAAAUGAUAGAGGAAUUGGCUGUUCAUUGUCAUUCUCGCAUUUAGUAUCCUUUAUUUUUUUUGUCUUUAGUGGCAAGGUUUUGCAUUAUUUUUGUUGAACUAUUCAUAAAUCCCAAUCUAUGUCAUCUAUUGAGUUCAGAAAGUGGGUUGAAUUAUGGGGCAAUAAGCAUGUCCUUUGGGAUCAAAAUACAUUGGUCAAAAAUAAUUUUGAUCCAUCACUUAUGACCCAUAACUGCAAAACAUGAUUGGUAAGUCCUUCACAAUCAGUUUUGCCUUAUACUACCCUAUCAUCUCCAAUAUGCAUUUAAUCAAUUUUAACCAAAGUUCAUGUCAUCUAUUUGCUACAAUUCUAAUUCAAUGGAUGCUGGGAAGAUUUUGGACACUUGAGACUCAAAGAAGAGGAUAUAUGAGCUUCUGAUGGUUAACUCCCAAUUAAAAUUGCCAUUAGCAGUUACCACUCAGUUUUGUCAACCCAAGUUUUUGCAGGCUAGAGGGUGAGCAGGGAUAGAUGUAGUUGAAAUAUAGAACUUGGGUAAAGUACAGAGAAGCUUUAGCGAUGUACCAUUAGUGGAAAUUGUUUCCCUUGAACUUUUAGGUGAAAUUGUCCAAAAUGAUGGAUGAUAUAUAC